GGGAGUGGUGGCUGCGGACGGAGUCACAGGAUUGGUAGAGUUCAGCGCCAAACUUGUUGACUCAUAACUGAGCUGCUCCUCUCCAUCCUUCUCGGCGCGGAGCUGUCCAGGGCCAGUGGUGCUGAAACUGCCAGCUUCCGACGCGCCCGUCGGAAGACAAUUCCAGAUCACAAAGCUUUGAUUGCACCCGACCAAUUAACCUAUUGAAAGUUACAGUCUCUUUUGUGGGAGACCUCAAAACGUCUGGCUUAAACGCCACUUGGCAGACAUCUCUCCAUCGAUCGCCACCGUUCUAUCCAAGAGCGCAUCGAGCCUUUAACUUCAGUCGAUCACAGCGAGGACUUUUCGGUUCGCAGCAAUGGCUUUCAUGGUGAAACACAUGGUGGGCGGACAGCUGAAGAACCUGACGGGCGGACUGACAGAGGAGAAACCUGAAGGGGAGAAAUCAGAAGCCGCCGCGCAGGGGAUGACUCAAGAGGAAUUUGAACAAUACCAGCAACAGUUAGAGGAGGAAAAACAAGAAAGGGAAGCUCAUUUCGCCCAGAAGAAAGCUGAGAGAGCCACAGUUAGAAGCCAUUUCCGUGAUAAGUAUAGACUACCAAAGAAUGAGGUUGAUGAGACCCAGAUCCAGCAGGCGGGGGAUGACGUGGUGUUACCCACAGAGCUGGCCAAGAUGAUCGCCGAGGACAACCAGGAGGAAGCACACAAGCAGUCGGUGCUGGGCCAGCUGUCCAACAUCCAGAACAUGGACAUGGACCAGCUGAAAGACAAAGCCCAGGCCACACUGGAAGACCUCAAAAAGCAGACGGAAAACUGCAGUCUCAUGUGAUCGCGCCAGCUCCGAGUCUCGGGAGAUCAGUUAUACUUGUGCAAAUAUUUUUAAGAGGCAGAGCUGCUCUGGGUGUAGGCAUUUUCUCAUUGCUUUAGUGGAAUGUCAAUCGGCACAGUCGCAUAAUUACAGUUCUUUUAGUGGUGCAAAGUUUGACCAAACCCUAUGAUAUCUCGGGCUUGUCUUACUAAACAUACAAAAUCAUUCUAAAUCCUGAAGGUCCUGAAUGUCAUUCACAUUUAUACAGAAACCAACCAGCUGCUUGAUGAAAAAACAAAAAAUAAACCUGUGGCACAUCCCACUCAGAUAUAACAUAUAAGAUAAUUUCUGCCAUCUGAGCAACUCAUCCUCUGAGUAAAAUUUUGUCCAGUAUAUUAGAUCCUCUACUCCUUUCUGCCAUUCCCCAGGCUCCCUUGCACUCUGCACUCACGUGACCAGUGAUAACAUAAUAUGGUUCUGCAGCAGGCCAUAGCAGUGUGUUUUCUUUUUCCAACACACACAGCAGCUGAUUCCAUUGAUGAGCACAUGCACUUUCAAUAAGAGGGGAUCACUAUGAUCAGCUGCUUGGUUGGAAAGAAAACACACAUGCCCAAGGCUUACACUGGUUAUGUCAAAUUUGGGAAAUUUUGUUCUAUAUUCAGGGUAAAAUACAAUGAAACCGCUCAUUGUGGGAUUGUUUAUAUUUCUUGUAUAACAAGCACAAAACUACAUAAGCUGGCAAUAUUUCCUUAGAUCAACAAUAAAGCUGAUCUUUGUCUACAGUAGUCUUAAUCUUUUUCAACACAUAUCACCAUAAAAUAUUUUUUUUUAGUUUAUAGCUUUUUCUGUACUUUAGUGUGCCUUGGACAUCAAGGUUGUCUUCUUUCAAGUUCCACGUUCCAAUAAUGAAAGCAACUUUUUAGACUUGCGGCAGUUUGUAGGUUGUAAUUAUGUACAUGUAAGUGUGUGCAGUAACAGUGCUCCCAAAUUUAACCUAGCAUCCAUAUCAAGUAUAUAGUGAGUAAAUCUGUGCAUAUGCUGCAUUAAGAAGGUAAAAAAUAAAAAAUAAAUAAAUAAAUAAAAGCUGCUCUAAUGAGAUAAAAGUAAAUGCUUUAGGAGUUGUAUGCCAAAGCCUUUGCUGAUAAUACUUCUGACUAAUAUAGAGAAAAUGACACAUGUAUGUCAAAUUGUGUAACUGCAUUGUGUGUAUUAAUGCAAAUACCAAGUCCACAUGCAAGUAUUCAUGUUGUGUGAUGUGUAAGACUAUGUGCCGUCUGCAGCAGGUUUGCUCUUCGGCAGCUUGCUGGAUCUUGUAGUGUUGUCAACCGUCACGCCUUCUUAACCUUGUCCUCCAUCUCAUCUGCCCCAUCAUCUUGAUAGUGCUGUUUCGUGCUGGUGGAUUUUGUGUUGUUUAGCCGAUUGUGAAAUGUCAAGUGGAGUCUUUGUGAGUAAAAAAAAAAAAAAAAAGAGGAAAAAAAAUUCCCCCAUCCUGAAUCUGGGAGUGCUCAUCAUAGUUUUAUUGAGCACACGGUCAUUGAAGGCUCAGUGCAGUGUUCUGCCUCCGUUAAGGCAGUUAAGAUGGGAUGCUGUUGAUGUUGUGCUACUUUCAUAUAAAAUUCUUAUUUUAUUUCCUUUUUUCUCUUUUUUAUGUAUUUCAUUUCUGUAGCAGUGGUGCUGAGGUGGUCUGCUUGGGUCUUGAGUUUUUUUUAGGACUAAAUUGUGAAGUUUUCGUCAAAAUGAGGUCCCUUUUGUUUAAUUCCAGAAGAUUAAAAGUAAUUUUCUUUCUGUAGGUGCCACCUGAAUGAAAAAUAAGGCAACACAUUCUCAUAGAAUUCAUUAUUGUCAUGUGAUAGAUGGACAAUAAUAUAUUAGUAAUAUGAUGGAGAGGGGAAAGUUGCAAUAAGUCCUUUUUUAAUAGAGCUAAUAGAAUCUUUCAUCUAUGAUCAUGAGAUAAUAUUAUUGGUGGAAGCGAAGCCAUAAAUCAAAACUCUUUGAUUAGUAUGAGUGUGUGUAACUGGAAAUAAUAAUAAGUCAGUAAUAAUAAUGAUAAUACACAAGCGUGAUUUUGUGCUGUUAACCUGUUGAGCAGAUUUUUCAGGAAAUGGUUGCCAUGACGUGCAGCCUCUUCUUGUUCUUUGGCUGUUUUUUUCUUUCUCUGUAUCUCUGUCACUCUGUCUUUGAGUACUUCAGUGAUUUUUCUUUUCAAGUUUUAACUGCAAUAAACUUAUUUUUAUUAUAACAA